CAGUCAUGGAGAGUUACAGGUGUAAUUGAAAUCGCAGACAUGAGACGAACCAGCGUGUACAUUCUGUUGAGUGUAAUAGUUUUAUUUGCAAUAUGUUUUACUACGUCCAGCGGAGUUCAAGUGCCUGUUGGGGACACAAAUUUAGGUGAGAAAGGCAAGUUGGAACCCCCAAUUUCACUAUUGAGACUGAAGCGGCAAAUGGAGACUUUUGAUGAAUAUCCAACAGCUACAUCCCAAGAAACUGAAGAAGAAUCUGGCUUUUGGGACAGAGUCGUCAAAGUGGCUUUAAAAAUAUUUAACCGCUUUAUUGAAUGGUUGAAUUCGUAAUAAUUAUACAGCUGUAAUAAAAUUUAAAGCAGUUAAACUUAUAAUUACUAUGUAUAGUUUUUAUACCAACUUUGUUACAAAUUGUUAGUAAAGAAAUUAAAAGCAAAA